AUGGCUAAUAAAAUAGAUCAACAAUCCAACUUUAAGGCUUGUCACUGACAUUCAAUUGGAGGAUUGAUUUGUGGAGAUGUUUCAGCUUUGGUCACGGAUAAAGCUAGUUGUGGAGGUGCUGAAUAUGCUAGAGAUAAGGGCAUCCCUGUUUUAUUGUUCUCUAGGUCCAAAAACUGCCCUGAGGGGUUAUCAUCAAUUGAUCAAAUAAAUGCUCUAAGGACAUUUGAAGUUGACUAUCUGCUACUUGCUGGCUACUUGAAACUUAUACCCACUGAACUAGUUCAGGCAUAUCCAAAGUCUAUAUUAAAUAUCCAUCCUUCUCUUCUUCCAGCAUUUGGUGGCAAAGGAUUUUAUGGUAUGAAAGUGCAUAGAGCUGUCAUAGCUUCUGGUGCUAGGUUUCCUGGCCCUACAGUCCACUUCGUCGAUGAACAUUACGACACUGGCCUCAUUCUUGCCCAGAGAGUUGUGUCUGUGCUUGCAAACGACACUCCUGAGCAAUUGGCUUCGAGGGUACUUCAAGAGGAGCAUAAGGUUUAUGCAGAAGUAGUUGCUGCAUUGUGUGAAGAUCGUAUUGUCUGGAGAGACGAUGGAGUUCCUCUCAUCAAAAGCAAGGAAAACCCACAUGCCUAUUACUAA